AUGGAUGACGCAGAGGGCAGCUCAAGCUCGCCGUCUUGGUCUCCAAAUGCUGACCAAAUUCCAUAUGCUUACACCGACUUUGCGUGGGGGGCUGAUAUAGACACAAAUGCUAUUGGCUUGGAGUGGAGUCAAGCCUGGCUCGAGGAGACUUCAUUAAACUCCGAGUCAUUGCAGGAAACUCCCAAUGCUAAUGGAGAUGACUUACAAUACCAACCAGGGACUAACUUCAGUGAAGAAUACUAUAAUAGUGGCGUUUAUGCUGCGAAUGAGCUACACGUGCUGCCUGUACCAAACUGGAAUAAUUUGAACGAGACAUUGGACUUCGUGAAUUUGAACGAUCUCGAUAAUCUCUUGUCCAUCUCACCUAGAGAUUUGGACGAGAUCAUUACAAAUUCACUGUCUCCACUCGAUUGUUUCAUUGGCCCAAUCUCUCAGACCACUAAUACCGAACUUCUCGCCAACGAUAUUCAUUGCGAUCCAUUCCCAGAAACUUUCAACCACAUGGAGGCCCAACAAGCUUAUGGGUCUUAUCCCAUCGACUGGGCCACUAAUCCACCGAUACUAGACAACUCUGUCUGGGAUCCAAUGCAAUCCUCGCUAUAUAUAAGUCCGUCCACUGGAGUUCACCUCCCUUCGACAUCUUCCGCCACACUAUCUCCUAUUUCAAGCAACUCUGAAAUUAUGUCAUCUCCCACGCAAUAUUCCAAUACCAAAACUUCCAUCUCAACAUCUCAAUCCAAUUCCAACUCAACUACACCCUCAAGUGAUCGCUCCACAUCCAAUUCACCACCAAGUACCCAGAAUGAAUACACGUGCAUAAUUUGCUCCAAAACAUUUUCUAAGCGAUUCGAAUUCAAUAAACACAAACCCCUCCACACCCUCCCCCACGCCUGCACCAUCUGUCCACACCGCACAGCCCGACGCAGAGACAUGACGCGCCACAUCGCCGCCAAGCACAAGGACGUCGGUCCCUCGGGCCCUAAACCGGUGUCAAAACCUAUUUGUCCUGUGGAGGAUUGCAAACAGGGGUUUGCGAGAUCGGAUCAUUUGCUUAGACACUUGAGGAGAAAACAUCCUGGAUAUGAGUUGAGAUCUUGA